CGUCGUCCCUCGAAAAUCCAGGAUGGAACUGAGAAUGAUCACAACCGACGGAUAUCAGUUGGGAUUGGAUGAGGCCAGAUUUUUCAAUGUGACCGACCGCCAACCGAAAAGGAGGGAAAAGCGGGGAGGGAGACGAAAUUGGGACCCCCGCCAAGAGUGGACGACCCCUCUCCCCUCCUUCUUCCCUCACCUCUCCACCCCCCGACAACCCACCGCCGCUGCUCUCUCCGCCGCCUGCCAUUCUCGUCGCGAUCAGGCUCUCUGCUCUCUGCUCUCUGCUCUCUCUCUCUCUCUCUCUGAUGCCUUGAGGUACACCUGGCUAUAUCCUCGCGAUGGGCAUCAACUUCAAGUACUGGGAUGAUUGCGUCGAUCAUCUCGACAUGGAAGCGCUGUGGACGAUUCCCGACGUCAGCACCGAGUGGAUUAAUGCUGGAGAGACCAGAGGGCAGAAAGUGAGCCUCUCCAGGGAUCCUGAUGGCCAGAAAUAUUUGACUCAGAAUGAGAUGAGGGCUGUGGCUGAGAUUUCUGUCCGUAGAUAUUUCUCUUCAGAGAUUGAUCCAGAUCUGAUCUGUGCUAUUGCGGAACUUGAAAGUGACAGACAGAUCCUUUUCUCGAGAUAUAACAAGAAAACAAAGGAAACUACGCUGGGGAUCAUGCAGAUUUUACCGAAAACUGCAGACUGGUUGAAUAGUGAGCAGGGCUAUCUUGCAUAUCAAGUGCUAGGAAAUGAAGAUGUUCUCUAUCGACCUUUUGUAAAUGUUUACUUUGCUGCUGCCUACCUAAAAUGGUUGUCACACUUCGAGGAAAAAGAAAGAAGCGAGGAGUUUGUAGUCAGGGCCUACAGAGGGGGUACAAAGAAAGCGACGCAUAAAUCUACUUUACCCUAUUGGAAACGGUAUCUUUCAGUCAAAGAAACGUUUACAUCCAGAAAAACUUUCGAUUGCGGAGCUCUGAUGAGUCAUCCUUCUGUCCUUGUAGCCCCUGCAGCACCCGAUACAGCAGGCACCACGUAUACAUAUUGGGACUCAAGGGCUUCCCCUGAAGAUAUGGAAGAUAUGUGGAAUCACCCUGAUGUUGUUAAAGAAUGGACCAAAUCGGGAGAAAAACGCGGAAAAGUGCGCUUUUCACAUGAUGCAGCUAAGAAACCAUAUCUUUCCCGUGGGGAAGUGAGGGCAGUUGCCGAAAUCAUCCUACUGAGACACUUUGCUUCAAGAAAAGUAAAGCCUACAGUCCUAUGUGCUCUUGCGGAGGUUGCGAGCAUGCGUUUUGUGGAUGGGGUUAGAGAACGUACUGGACUAAUGGGAAUCGACUUCCCAACAGCUAUAUGGCUUCACAAUGAGCUGGGGUACAAGGCUUACCAAGUUGAGUCCGCCGAUGACCUACACAAGCCUUUUGUGUCCAUGUACUUUGGCGCAGCCUAUUUGGCUUGGUUAUCAGAAUACGAAGGCAGGGAAAGAACCCCUCAGUUUGUUGUUCAAGCAUAUCUUGGUGGUCCAGAGAACGUGAAUCUUCAGGAGACGGGUGCACUGUGGCAUAAAUUUGAGGAAGCUCUGAGUAACUACGGAGACGUGAAGAGGGACUCUGGGAGCUGCUCCAUCUUGUAAGCUGAGGUGGUGUUUCACCUUUCAUUGCCCUGUCCUGAAAUUCAUCAAUUGGUUGAGGUGGCUAGAUGACGGGCCCUCCAGAAUCCUCAUCUUACUUGCGGACCUCCAAUGGUCUCUUCUUGACUACAAUCUGUAAACAGAACCUGAGACUGUUUACAACCUAAAGACGAAGUGAUUUUGAAUCCGAGUUCUGCCAAGAUAUCUAGUUCUUAACAAAAAUAGUGCCCUAAGAACUAGCCAAACAUCUUUCUGUUUCCAAUGCGUGAUUUCCAUCGUAACAUGGGUACUCCACACUUCAGA